AUGCCUGAAAACAGCAGGGAAACGGUGUCGACCACGCCCGUGUCGAUCCUGGCCAACAAGGGCGCGCCUACCGGCGCGCACGAGCCCAGGCCCGACACUCUCGCCGCGGCCGUCAGACCACAGCCCGUUAGCACCCAAAAUAGCCAGGAAAGCGUCCCCCGCUACCGUCCUCUGGAGGAGCGUCGGUACGCCAAUCCGCAGAAGCUGCAGGUGGUGACCGCGCGCAAAAGCUCCGAAAACAGCCCUCAAAAGUCGAUGAGCAGCUCCGGCUCCAUCGCAUCCACGCCCAUGUCCGCGCUCAAGACCCCGCAGACCGCCCUCCACACCGCCGUGUCCUUCACCCUCGACAACCUGCCUGAAAAGAUCUCGCAUCGGGGCUCGAUUUCAGCCCGACCCUCUUCUGUCGCGCUCAGCAACCAGUCGCAGCCCGCGCCCGCGCCCGCGCCCGCCCGCCACGACGAAAACAGCUUCUCGGACUCCUCCAACCCGUCGUCGCGCCAAAACUCCAUCCACAUGCCGGGCGACUUCAUCUUCUUCGAAUCCAAGAACCAACAUCACCCGCCCACCCCCGCGGCGGCCAAGAAGUAUCACCACACCAACAAGGCCGUCAUCGACGCGCUUAUAGGCCCGCAGGUGCCCUUCACCGAGUUCUUCCAGAAGCAAGACGACGAAAAAAUUCACAUCCUGAUCGGAGCCACCGGCUCUGUCGCCACCAUCAAGGUGCCGCUCAUCAUCGACAAGCUGUUCAAGUACUACGGCCCCGAAAAGGUCUCCAUCCAGCUCGUGGUCACCAGCAAAGCAGAGCAUUUUCUGCGCGGACUCAAGAUCUCCACGGACGUCAAGAUUUGGCGCGACCAAGACGAGUGGUUCGGCUUCAAGCGCAUGGGCGAUCCCGUCCUGCACACCGAGCUGCGCAGAUGGGCCGAUGUGUGCCUGAUCGCCCCGCUUUCCGCCAACACUCUGGCCAAACUCGCUAACGGCAUAUGUGACAACUUGCUGACGUCGCUCCUACGCUCUUGGACCCCGUCUACCCCAGUGCUGGUUGCCCCUGCCAUGAACACCUUCAUGUACACUCACCCGGUCACCAAGAAGCAUCUCACCAUGCUAGAAGAAGAUGCGCCCUACGUGACAGUUUUAAAACCCGUUGAAAAAGUGUUGGUAUGCGGUGACAUCGGCAUGGGCGGAAUGAGAGAAUGGAACGAUAUCGUGGACGUGCUCAUCAAAAAGAUCGUCGACAUCCGCAGAAGCAGAGCAGAUUUGAAGGCUAUGGAUUUAGGAGAAAAAGACGGAGACGACUUCGAUGACGACGACGACGAUGACGAUGACGAAGAAGAAGAAGAAGAUGAUGAUGACAACGAAAAUGACGACGACACUGACUCCAACGACAGCGGAGUAGACGAAGAUUACGAUGACGACGACGACGACGAUCCGGCAGAACGUGAAGAGAAGGAGAACAAAAUCAUUCGAGAGAACGAAGCAAAACUGCGACACUCUUGA